GUCAGAUGUUAGACCAAAACAUUGGAGAAGUUAUCACUCUUAAGCGAAGUCUGUCUGAAUUUCGCUCUUAUUUUUUUACGUCUGUUUGAAAAAUUUCGUCCAAAAUGAAGUCGGAACUUCAGGAAAGCCUGGGGAAAACUUUUAAACAAAGGAAAAGCUUCGCCACAAGAAAAGAAGAAGUUGGUGGAAUCAGAUCAAAAUUCCCCACCAAAAUUCCUGUUAUAGUAGAAAGAUAUCAUAAAGAAAAACAGUUACCCAUUCUGGAUAAAACAAAAUUUCUCGUCCCCCAGGAACUUUCAAUGUCUCAAUUUGUUACAAUUAUUAGAAACAGAAUGUCCUUAAAUGCCAACCAAGCGUUUUAUUUAAUUGUAAAUAAUAAAAGUAUAUCUAGUAUGUCGUCCAUGAUGGCUGAGAUAUAUAGAGAUGAGAGAGAUGAUGAUGGCUUUCUGUAUAUGACGUAUGCUUCCCAGGAAAUGUUCGGUUGUUAAUAUUGAAUUAUCUGGUCACUAACUUGUUUACAAUGUAUUUAAACUCGGACUACACCUACAGCGUAAAUUGAAGAUAUAGUCAUCUAAAUAUUUAGAAAUUUAAAUGAAAUGGAGAUGUCUAUCUGUCUGGACCUGUGUGUCUAAGAAAAUACUAGGAUGUUUACUUCAUUUUGAUCAAAAUUGACUUCAUGUAGAUUUUAUUUUUACGUUCCCAUAACUACCUGAUAGAACUCAAUUUCAACUUUCAUUAUCAUUUUUAGAAUUUGACAUCUGGUUUGUCUGCAAUUAAUUGAGUCAAAUUGGUUAUGAAACCAUUGUAGUAGUGAAGCAGACCAUGCUCAUUCUUUUUGAAUCACCUGAUGGUUUAAAGGAGUCCACUAUUAUACUACCUUGAUUUUUGUCAUAUUUUGGACGAGAUUUUUGAUUGACCGAAGUGUCUUGUUUGUACAGAUUUUUGUUAAAUAGGAUAUACCUGUAAAAGGGUCUUUCCAUAGUCACUUUUCAUUAAUUGCAUACAAACUGUAUAUCAAAUUUUCAUUCUGAAGAGUAACUCACUGUUUAUAAUAUACCCAUAGUUGAAAUUGAGAUAUAUCCAUGGAAACAAACUAUAUAGAUGACUAUAUCUCCGAGAAUUUAUAGGGUAAGACACUUUCAUGAAAUUUCAUCAGAAUUUUAUGAAAAUAUGAAUAUUAAAAAAUGCAUAUGCUUACUUCUGUUGAAGUCCAAGCAAUUUAAGGUUGGGUGACCAAAAUGUAAAUUUAGGUGUUUCAUAUUUUGUUGAUUGCAGGUAUCCACUUGCCAUCCAUAAUCUGUCCAAUAUUGUUAUGCAUCUCGUGUUCUGUGUCAUUUGAUAUUCAACCAAUCGAAUGCUCCAACUAUAUAUCCCAACUCAGUUGUCUGAAGAUCACAUUGCGUGAAAUUCCGAGUAACAACAUGUUUCAGGUUCUGUUUUAGUUGUCUGAAGAUCACAUAGCAUGAAAUUCUCGAGUAACAACAUGUUUCGGGUUCCGUUAUGGUUGUCUGAAGAUCACAUAGCAUGAAAUUCUCGAGUAACAACAUGUUUCAGGUUCUGUUAUGGUUGUCUAAAGAUCACAUUGUGUGAAACUCUGUGUAUCAACAUGUUUCAGGUUCUGUUAUGGUUGUCUGAAGAUCACAUAGCGUGAAACUCUGUGUAUCAACAUGUUUUUUGAGAUUAUGUUAUAAUAUUUCUAUCCUGACUCUAUACGAGUAUUUCUAUGAUAUUUAUUAAUAUGUUCAAUUACUCUUAAUGAGAUAUUUUGUUAAUAGAACCGCUUUGUUUAAUGAUUUGUUUCUUACCACUUUUAAAUGAAAUGAAAUGAAUGGAGUUUUACGUCCUACUUUUCUGCAUCUUACCACUUUUAAGACAACAAUUAUGACAUGGGACGAAAUCAAGUGAACUUGAUUAAGAGAAGACGAUUGUUAGAUCAUGGACGAGAAGUGUAUAAACCUGUAGAGAAACAUGAAACAAAACAUCUAGAUCUGUAUCUGAAGCAGAUUAACUUCCACAAUUAAAACUGUGUCCAAUAUCUCCCAGUUCUAUAGCAAUAACUUGUAUUGUAUUUAUUAAUAUUCCACUUUGAUGUAUAUUAUUACUUUUUCAAGGGGAAAUUCUUGAUUUCUGAUCAAAACUUUGAUAAAUAAUACUCAUAAAUCUGAUUGGUCAAUUAGCUGAAUUUAUUUAUAUUGACCAAUCAGAUUAAAGUAUUGUCUGGAUAAAUGAAUGUUGUUUGUUGUGAUUUUGUGAAAUAUUUCCUAUGUUGUAUUCUGCUUAAAUCAAAUCUUAAGGGGUUGUGAAUACGGUGCUUUAAAUUUGCCAAAAUAUUGCUAACUGUCUAAAUAUUAUACUUAUUAUAAUACAUACUAUUUAGUAACAAAAUAUAUUAAAGUUUAACAUUAUAUUAAGAUAACUGUUUAAUUGAUUGUAAAGAGUUUUGUGUAUCAGGAACACAGAUAGUAUCAAUUUACAUCAUUCAAAUUUUCAUGACGUCUGUGCUUUGUCUCUGAUACACAUGAAAAACUUCUCUUUACAAUCUCUUUAAGAUAAUCUUCAAUGGCAUUAAUUAUAUAAAGACAGUCUCAAUUUCUGUUAAAGGGACCAAAUUAUGUUUCCGCAUAUCUAAGAGGGACGCAGAAUUUUCUUUGUUACUUUUGAUAUUUUUUUCUUUAAUAAUUUAAAUUAUUUUUUGUCUGAAAUAUUGCACUAGUUUUUUUCUGCCAUCGUGUCUGUUAUUUAUGUAUAAUUAUUGUUUGUGUUUAUUUGUAAAUAUUCUGAGAGUGAAAAUUAUUCUUGCAAUAUAGACCUCUUUUUGAAAUUUUUCACUGUAAUUAGUAAUACAUUGUGCCUUUAAUUUGACCAUCAGUUGCCUUGACAUUAGAAUUGUGAUACAAAGUUAUACACUGUUAGUUUUCUAGCCUUGUUCUUCCAGUUCUUGGGUUGUAUGAACCAAUGUUUAAGAUUUAUAAAAGAGGUUUUCAAGCCUAUUUAUGUGUAUCAGGGAUGCUAAUAGCAUCAAUGUGGUCUGUAUUUGCACUAUUCUGAAUUCUGAUCCAACAAUGUUCCUGUUAUUCCAGAGAAUGACAUUGAAAGUAAUUAUAGUCAAGUCUUUCUAGAAUUGCAGGAACCUCAGAUGCCUGGCAUGAAAUUACAGAUAGUGUAAAUAGAAGCUAUACAAAGGCACAUUAGACCCAUACAGAAAACAAGAAUGAAUUAAAUAGAAGCUAUAAGUAUCCUUGAUACACAAGAAAAGUCUAGAAAAUUUCCUUUUUAAUUUUCAACCAAGACAUCUAAACCACUGUGAUAAAGUAAAUUUCUUAUAAAAAUAUUGUAAAUAAAUAUUCUCAAUGUACAGAAUGUGUUGUGGAUGAAAUUAUUUUAAUCUCUCGUGUCUGUCACAUCAGCACCCAUCACUGUCUGGAUUCUUCUCAUUAAUUUAUUUAAGAGCAAUACUGAAUAGAUUCUUUGCAAAGGUACUAUCAUCUUCAUAAUAUCAAGCUAUUACGAACUUUGUACUUUCGCCUCGACUACAAUGGUAACUUUUCUUGUUUUAUGAAAGUUUGUAAAUGCAGUGAUUUGAUUAGAUUGCACGUUAGUUUUUAUAGCCAAUCACAGUCCAUCUAUUGGACUCUGAUUGGCUGUAUUCACUGGUGUACAAUUCAAUCAAAUAUAUGGAUUCUGUGAUACAAGAAAGGUGACUAUUACAGUCAAGGUAUAAGACACAGUUCGUAAUAGUUUGAUAUUGUAAAGAUGAUAUUAGAUUGAUAACGUAACGACACUGUAACAAGUGUAGAGGGCAUUAUCUUGAGCUACUCUGAUAUCUCCUUGUUUGUCCUUCAGUUGAUUCCUUCCUCAAAUAAAAUGGAUUGCCUGGGUUUAUGAUUUGGAUCGGACCUUUAAUGAGCAUAAAAAUAUCUUUGUUUAACUGUUACAUUAUUUCUUUCACAGGAUAAAUCAAGAUAAUACGAAAAUUUUAUACAUAUAUCAUAUAUUAACCCUUUAAACCCUAGCGGCCAGUUUACCGGCUGUUACUAAGUGACGUCAUACAACAUUAACGUCAUACGCUUUUACUUUUAUUACUUGGAGUUCAGGGUAUAUGAUGUUAUAUUUUAUUACACUCAGGGUUUAAAGGAUUAAGAUAUCAAUUCAAAAUUACAAUCAAAAAUAUAUAUGAUGGUCUAUCUGUUCUAACACAUGUUGGUUUCAAAAUGAUGUAAAAUAAAAUGCUUUCAAGAGAAAUGUUCCUGAGAUAUUGUUAAUCUCAUUUAAUAAAACAUUAUAAAGUCAGUGAUACAACAAGGAUGCUUUUUAUAUUUCAGAUAUUCUUCGAGAAUCACAGACAAAACCCAAUCCCCAAAAAAAUUCCUUUCUACAGAAAAAAUACCUCAAAAUUGACAAAGUAUCUCAGUGAUUUAAGCCGCAGACACUUCACAGUCUUGGUAGACUACUUCAGUUGACCGACUGCAGGCACACCAGGAGACAAAAAAUCUCCAGUCGGUCAUUUUCCACAAUGUCGAUAAUCACGUGGGGAUCAUGUACUUGAAAGGAAAAUGAAUCUGAUUGGAUGAUGAUGCUCUGUCUGGCAGACGAUAAAAUAAUCGGCAACAAAUAUUAAAAUAUCCUGUUGGCAA